CUUUCAAAGACGUUAUUUAUAAUCGCUCUUGAGAGAGGUUUUAGUCUAUGUGCAGAACGAGCGUUUGACAAUGUCUGUAUCUAGUGGACGUAAUCCAAAGGGUUACUAUCAACGGAGUCUCAACAGUAAGGAUCAUACAUUUAGGAAAUAUGGUCGUUCACUGCUCAAUCCAAAAUCUAUUUUCAAUAAUAUUGAUUUAGUCAGUUCUUCAAUAAAAACAGAGAAACAUUGGAACCAAAUCAGUCUACACUCUAAAAAGGAACCACGAAUUACGCUACCGGUGAAACCGACGGGAUAUAAAAGUUCAAUACUUAUACAGAGGAAAAAAUCAAGGAAUACUGCCGUUAAAAGUGAUGUCAAGGAAAAGCAUAAUCAGGUUUCAAAAUGUGAAAAACUGUCAAGUCAGACAGAAGUAUCCCUUCUAAUAAGUACAGACAAAAGUAAAUCACCUGAUCUUCGACACAUACCUAUAUGGUUGCGGAAGUCAUUGAAGUUUGUACAAAAUUGUUUUCUUGAGGCUCCUCCGAAAUUAACAGACAGUUCUCCCCAUAAUGCUAACAAAGAGGAUGGAAACGCUCCACCGAAUACAUUUCAAGUUGUUCAUAAGUCACUUAAAAGUGCUAAAGCUAAUAUAUCAGAUAAUCUCGAAGAAAUCUUCUCGAAAUUGGGUUUAGAACAAUGGAUAAAAGAGUACGAAAAUGCCCAUGAUGAAAGUGUGAAUGAAAACUCAUCCAAAGAUCAACAUAUCAUUAGCAGUUGUUCAAGACAAAUAACUUCAAAUUUAACCCACUCAAACCAGAAUGAAUGCCUAUUGAAAAAACGAUUAAGGAAAGAAUCAUAUGAAGAGGAUCACUUACAGGGGCAAUUGGUAAGUCCAAACACUAUCGAAAAUCAAUCAAAAUCUUGUCCAUCGGAUUCAGAAAAACAAAGCAAAGACAAAAAGACUCGGUUUUCGUUGCAAGAUAAACUAAAUACACCAUUACUACUAACCUCCAAUGACAAGAUACACCAUACGAGUUUGGACUUAUUAUCUCUUGAAGUAUUUGAUCGGCUACAAGGAAAUUGGUCAACAAAUUCCAAAUCCCCUAGUUUGGUAAGUAAUAAAGGAUUUAGCCAAAUAGGUAUACACGGCAGACCGACAGUGCUUAAAAACAAUCAUCAUGAAUACCCAAUAGGGUCAUGUUACCCAAGAAGUCCAUCUAAUUGCAGUAAAUGUCUUAAUGAGCUCCCAACGGUUGAAAAACAAAAUCAUGACGCUGUUUUGAAACAAAACAUUAUAAGGUGUGAUGACAUAAAUUUCGGUCUCAUAGGCAGAAAUGAAGUUGGACCUGAAAGCCAGAAAAUACAUCACUGGUUAGAUGAAAAUACAUACUUGAGUGGUUUGUGCCAACCAGCGUUAGCAGAUACUUGUAACAAAAAAAGGAAACACACAAUUUCACAUAAGUCUGAUGUAAAAGAUGUCGAUCAACAAGAAAAUACAAAACAUAUGGAUUCUGCUUUGAACAUCGUCUCUCCGCCUAUGCACCCAAUCUGGGAUACACCCGAAGAUCUCCGAACAUCAUCACUUACUGACUUUCUUCGCUUAUAAGACUUUUACCUAUUAUGGAUUCACUUAUUUAAAUGGUAUAAAUGUUCGACUGG